AAAAAACCCCAUCACCUGUGAGUUGUGAUCCAAACCCUCUCUGUCUCUAAACAUUACCCGACUCUUUUUAUAUUUCACAUUUACUGGUUUUCCGCUCCUCGUAUAACAAACUCGAUAUUUUCCGUUUGGACCAAAAAUACUACAACACACUAUAAAAUUACAUAGAGAGCCCUCCGAUUUACCAGUGAUGCCGAUGGCGGCAGGUUUAGCAUCGCCAACUGAUCGAGCUCCAGCUAUGGGGCCUACUGGAGUCAUACCCUCACCGCCGGUAGUGAUGAUGUCCGAUGCUUUCGCGAAAGACGCAAUCAUAGCCUGGUUUCGGGGUGAAUUCGCUGCGGCAAAUGCCAUCAUCGAUGCUCUAUGUGGACACUUGGCGCAAGUGAAUGCCAGUGGAGGUGAAGGAUCUGAUUACGACCAGGUUUUUGCAGCGAUUCAUCGGAGGAGGUUGAACUGGAUCUCAGUGUUACAGAUGCAGAAGUACCACUCGAUUGCUGAGGUGGCUGUCGAGUUGCGUAAAGUCACAGAGAAGAAAUUAGACAAGAAGGAAGGCGGUGAUCAGAAGAAGAAGGUUGAUGAAAUUAAGGAAUGUUUAAUCAAUGAGAAAGUGCUAGAAAAUGACGAGAAAAUUGCAGAGGGCGAGAAAAAGUUUGCAGUUGAAGAGGUAUCGGUAGUGGAAGAGGACGAUUCACCGAACAGCGAUAUCACUGAUUCAGGAUCUCUAGAAAUGCAGCCCCCAACUGAAAAUAUUGAGAUAUGUUCAAACCAUGAGGACUGUGAUGAAAGACGUUCCCAAAUUAACUUGACAAAAGGAUUUACUGCCAAGGAGCAAGUGAAAGGACAUAUGGUGAAUGUUGUGAAAGGAUUGAAGUUAUAUGAGAACUUGUUCACAGAUUCAGAGCUCUCUAUGUUAACUGACUACGUGAAUGAACUGCAACUUGCCGGCCAAAAUGGAGAACUUUCAGGUGAGACCUUUAUUUUGUUCAACAAGCAGAUGAAGGGAAACAGGAGAGAGUUAAUUCAGUUUGGUGCUCCAAUUUUUUCACACAUAAAGGAGGAAGCCGCAAGUAACAAUGAAUUGGGUAAUAUAGAACCAAUUCCAGCUCUUCUUCAAUCAGUCAUUGAUCACCUAGUCCAGUGGCAACUGAUACCAGAGUACAAAAAACCAAAUGGUUGCAUCAUAAACUUCUUCGAUGCGAGUGAAUAUUCACAACCUUUCCUGAAACCACCUCAUUUGGACCAACCUAUCUCUACGCUUCUUCUGUCUGAAUCAGCAAUGGCUUUUGGACGCAGUCUUGUGAGUGAUAAAGAUGGGAACUAUAAAGGGCCACUCAUGCUUUCACUGAAAGAAGGGUCACUACUAGUCAUGAGAGGAAACAGUGCUGACACAGCAAGGCACGUCAUGUGCCCAUCUCCUAACAGAAGAAUCAGCAUUACAUUCUUCAGAGUCCGACCUGACUCCAACCAAAGCCAGUCACCGCCAACUACUCCAACCGGUCCGCUGAAUGGUGCCAUGACUUUAUGGCAACCGGGCAUCACAAGCCCAUAUCCAGUGGCAACUGGAGCUCCCAAUGGCUAUGAGGCAAUGGAUGUGAUGCCCAAAUGGGGAGCGCUUCGUUCCCCUGUGGUCAUGUUGGCUCCCGUGCGCCCUAUGGUGAUGAGUCCUAGAAGGAUUCCUCGUGGGGGUACUGGGGUUUUCUUGCCCUGGACUGUGGGAUCUAGAAAACCCUCAAAGCAUCUUCCACCACGUGCUCAAAAAGGAAGAUUUCUGGCGUUACCUCCUGCAGUUGAAACUGUUGUAGCAGAUUCUGCUUCUGAAGCAGGCAACUAGUACUGAAGGAAAUAAGUAUGAAGUUAGCCCUGGGGCUGAAGCAACUUUUGAUCAAAGUGGUGUAUUUCUCUUGUUCACAUGAUGCUUUUUAAGGAGCAUCUCUUAUUGUACAAACAGGGCUCAAUUGCUGGUAGAAGAGUUUGUUCUUUUA